CAGGGCAGCGCUGCCCGUCCUCGUACCUCGGUGGUGGCGGGAGGUGGUUGGGUCUAUGGGCAGCUCCUCGUCUCCGAGCCACCCAUCGCCGGCUUGCCCUGCUCUGCCGCCGGUGCUGGGCCCGAGGCUGGGAGCAGCCGCUUGUGCCCCUUCCCUGUGUUGAUCUGCAGCCUGUGCUGCUUCUGGACUCGGGAGCGGCUGCGGUCCCAGCGCCCACAAAAGCGAACCCAGGAAGCAGCCUCCUCGGUAGAGCUUUCCUGUUGACGGGACUUGAUCUGCAGCACCAUGCUGGAUCCCAAGCCUCACUCUGCAAGCUGGAGGUGAAUCCAGGUGAAAGCCAACUAUUACACUAAGUGUCAGGAUGACCAAAGCACGGCUCCUCCGUCUGUCUGUGGUGCUGGUCUCCAUCUUCAUGAUCCUCCUGAUCAUUGUGUACUGGGACAACGUGGGAACAGCUCACUUCUACCUGCAUACAUCCUUCUCCAGGCCUCAUUCCCCUGGUAUCACAGCAGGCGAAGACUGGGAAGCCUUGCCAGAUGUGGAUGAAUUUUUGGCAAAGCUGCUUAGUUCGAGCCUGAAACAGAAUAGCUCUACUCCAAGAAAGACAGAGCAGCUACUUGUCCAGGGCUCCAGCAAGCCUGUGGCAAGUAAUUUGGAGGAGAACGUGCGGGGCUAUGACUGGUCUACACACAACGAUAGGAACAGCUUGGACCAAGAACAAGUGCAGAUAGAGAGGCAGAGAACGUUGAAGGAGUUUUGUGCCAAUUCCAGCUUCACCUUCCCCACCAAGGAGCGCUCCUUUGAUGACAUCCCAAACUAUGAGCUCAACCACCUGAUCGUGGAUGACCGCCAUGGCAUUAUCUACUGUUACGUCCCCAAGGUGGCCUGCACCAACUGGAAGCGGGUGAUGAUUGUGCUAAGUGAGAGCCUGCUAGACCAGGGUAUCCCAUACCGGAACCCUCUGGAUAUCCCCCGGGAACACGUCCACAACACCAGCACCCACUUGACGUUCAACAAAUUCUGGCGGCGCUAUGGGAAGUUCUCUCGACACCUCAUGAAGAUCAAGCUAAAGAAGUACACCAAGUUCCUCUUUGUACGGGACCCUUUUGUCCGCCUCAUCUCUGCCUUUCGCAGCAAAUUUGAGCUGGAGAAUGAGGAAUUCUACCGGCGUUUUGCCAUCCCCAUGCUAAAGCUGUACUCCAACCAUACUAACCUUCCUGCCUCUGUUAGCGAGGCCUUCGGGGCAGGCCUCAAAGUCUCCUUUUCUGACUUCAUCCAGUACUUACUGGAUCCCAGGACAGAGAAGAUGGCCCCUUUCAAUGAGCAUUGGAGGCAGGUUUACCGUCUGUGCCACCCGUGCCAGAUAGACUAUGAUUUCAUCGGCAAGCUGGAGACAUUGGAUGAGGAUGCUGCUUAUCUAUUGCAGCUCCUCAAAGUGGACAGGCUGCUUCGCUUCCCCCCCAGCUACCGGAACAGGACUGCCAGCAGCUGGGAAGAUAACUGGUUUGCCAAAAUCCCCCUGGCUUGGAGGCAGCAGCUCUAUAAGCUUUAUGAAGCAGAUUUUGUACUCUUUGGCUACCCCAAACCAGAAAACUUGCUGAAAGACUGAAAGUGAUUGGGGGGGGGGGGGAGGGGGUAUGGGAGGGAACAUCUGAAAUACCAAAAAUGUUUAAAACCUCCUCAUUUUUGCUCUUAACUCCCUUCCCCAUACAGGUUGGUACAAUGGAAUCUAUUUUUUCUACUGCUUCCCCUUCCAUUUUUGCAAUAAUGCCAGAGUCCAGGGUAUUCCAGCCAGCUGUGCACAUGCAAAAAACCAAACAAAUGCCAUUUUGGUUUGGGUUCGAAUUUGGUUUGUGAUUUUUUUAAAUGCCCCCAUGUUUUGCAAUGGGUUGCUGCCCUCGGUCACUCUGCCAGCUGUGUCCUUCAAGUAGCUUUUUAUUAAUACUUUUUAAAAAUUAAUAUAUUUAAGAUAUUUAAUACAAAGUGUGUGUCGUGGCAAAGGAAGGGAAGGAAUAAAGGAAAAAAACCAGUAAAAGAAAAACCCAAGAAAUGA